CAGGUAACCUCCCACCAACAUGAUCCCUCCGAACAAGGUGAUCUCCCAGGGAGAGUAGCAGCAUGCCCUUCUGCCGCAACGCAUUGGAAUGAGUCGCCGUGGUGAAAUGGCCCAUUGAGCUUGUCGUGCUUGGCAUUCUGCUUUCACCCCACACUGUAGGGAAUGGGGAAAAUUGUACGCAGGUGCUAAAGUGACAUGGCAAAUCCACGCUGUCUCUGAUUCGUCUGGCGCUGCACAGCCUCUCUUGGCACCUUUUGGGUCCCAACAACAGGGGAAAACACAGCUCCCAUCUCAUCCCAGGCCAUCCCGUCUCCAGGUCAGGUCAGGUCCAAUUUCGUAGCCGCUGUGUCGUCAGUGGUUCUGCGCGGCUUCACUUUCCCUGCUGCUUCCUGCUUUGUUUCGUCCCAUUUUCCAUUCAUCACGCUCCUUUGCUCUUUUGUUGGAGUGCGACCUUGGUAACUGCACGCGCCAGACAUCUUGGACCUCGAAACAAGUGUUAUAGCGUUGCUUGCACCGCCUCACCCUCAAAAAACUCCAUAACAACCGUCCAACUACCGUUCUGGACCCCAGGGGACCUCCCCGAUUGCCUCUCCGACUCUGCCUCAUCAACCCAAUUCCAAUUCUUAAUUCUUUUACCUUUUCCCCAAGGGAGGCCUGCAGAUAGCACCCCGCAGAUCGAGACCCGGCGACCUCAACUCACCUCACACUCCAUGAGUCUCUGUUCCUGAGACCCGUUUGUGUUUGCCGACCCAAGUGUGGCAGUACACACAAGGCAGAGAGCUCAGAGCUGACGACCUCAACCGUACAUCUGCGCAACACCACCCCUUCGCGUCUCCCAUCGCCACUAGGAGAGGCUUUCUAGACCUCGUGUCACCGUAGGCGCAGCUCACAUCCGUCGCCUUCGCUGACGACUGUGACCCGCACCAUCAGCUGGACAUGGCGGAACCACAGGAUGGUCCCAAGGAGGGAGACUUCGCCUCUGGACGCCGAAGAGCACCAACAAUUAAUAUCGACACGACGGCCGUGAGCCCGAGUCCUGUCACGAACGAGCCAGAGGUGGACGCCAACUCACCAAUAUCACCCGGCACCACACCAGAACCAUCAACAAAUUCUCACAAGAGGAGUCUCUCUGGAGAGAGCAGGCCAACAAGUCCUCACAAUGUGUCAAACCCCUUUGCUUCCUUCCGCGGUCCAAAUCCGGGACUGCUUACCGUCCCUGGCGCCCCAAGACCUCGCCAGGACUCUGUCAACUCUGACGAUGACCGCUCCAUCACCUCGUCCAUUGGUGACACCACGGUAGCAGGGGCUUCUACGUUGGGGGAGAAGGCCAGCCGAGGUGCUGCCGACAACGACAGCAUCAAGAACGAUCCGGAUGCUUUGAAGCCCGACCAGGGCAAGGAGGCCGAUUUCCAGGUCAACGACAACCCCUUCGCCUUUGCGCCUGGCCAACUGAACAAGAUGUUCGACCCCAAGAGCUUGUCUGCCUUCUACAAGCUGGGUGGCCUCGCCGGUAUCGAGAAGGGAUUGCGAUCCAACCGGUCGACUGGUCUUGGCGCCGACGAGGCUACUCUUCCUGGGCGCGUCACGUUUGAGGAGGCUACCGCUCACGUCGGCUCGGCCGACACCAAGCUUGCCCAGACUGAUAGCCAUGCGACGGCUUCCGGCAGGCAGGACUCGGGGGCCUUCUCCUCGAGAAAGCGCGUCUUCAGCGACAACCGCCUUCCUGCCAAGAAGGGCAAGAAUCUUCUCCAGCUCAUGUGGAUCACGUAUAACGACAAGGUCCUGAUCCUGCUGUCCGUUGCCGCCGUCAUUUCUCUGGCCAUUGGCUUGUAUCAAACAUUCGGUCAGGAGCACGACGCCACAAACCCCGGUGUAGAAUGGAUCGAGGGUGUAGCCAUUAUUGCCGCCAUCACCAUCGUGGUUAUUGUUGGAUCUUUGAACGACUUCCAGAAGGAACGCCAAUUCGCCAAGCUGAACAAGAAGAAGCAGGAUCGUGUGGUUCGCGUUGUUCGAUCCGGAAAGACUGUGGAAAUCUCGGUUUUUGACGUUCUGGUUGGCGAUGUCAUGCACUUGGAGCCCGGCGAUUUGAUCCCCGUUGAUGGUGUUCUCAUUGAGGGUUUCAACGUCAAGUGCGACGAGUCUCAGGCUACUGGUGAAUCCGACAUUAUCAAGAAGCGUGCCUCCGACGAGGUCUUUGCGGCAAUCGAGAAUGGCGAGAACCUGAAGAAGAUGGACCCCUUUAUCCAGUCGGGCGCCCGCGUCAUGGAGGGUGUCGGUACAUUCAUGGUUACCUCGACCGGUGUCUACUCCAGCUAUGGCAAGACGCUCAUGUCGCUCAACGAAGACCCUGAGAUCACCCCCUUGCAGUCGAAGCUCAAUGUCAUUGCCGAGUCCAUCGCCAAGCUGGGCGGUGCCAUCGCCCUCCUCCUCUUCCUGAUUCUGUUCAUCAUCUUCCUGGUCAAGCUUCCCCGUCAAUUCGCUCCGCUCACCCCCGCGCAAAAAGGCCAGCAGUUUAUCGAUAUCUUCAUCAUGGUCGUCACAAUCGUGGUCGUCGCUAUUCCUGAAGGCCUUCCGUUGGCUGUCACUUUGGCCCUCGCUUUUGCCACGACUCGCAUGCUCAAGGACAACAACCUGGUCCGCCACCUCAAGGCUUGCGAAGUCAUGGGCAAUGCCACCACCAUCUGCUCUGACAAGACGGGUACUUUGACUCAGAACAAGAUGCAAGUUGUUGCUGGCACCAUCGGCACAAGCCACCGCUUUGGUACUUCCACCAUCCCGGGCGAGAGCCCUCGGAGCGAGAAGGAUGUGGAGGCCCAGGAAGUGAUGAGGAUGCUCAGCCCCGAGGCUAAGGAUCUGCUGCUCAAGUCUAUCGCGCUCAACUCGACUGCCUUCGAGGGGGAUGUCGAUGGCGAGCACACCUUCAUCGGCUCCAAGACGGAGACCGCCAUGCUUAUUCUGGCUCGCGAGCACCUUGCCAUGGGCCCCGUUGCUGAACUGCGCUCCGGCAGCAAGACCCUUCACCUCAUUCCCUUCGACUCUGGACGCAAGUGCAUGGGUGUCGUGGUUCAGCUGGAAAAUGGCAAGGCUCGUCUUUAUGUCAAGGGUGCGUCCGAAAUCAUGUUGGAGAAGUGCACCCAGAUCCUCCGUGAUCCUUCUCAGGGCUUGGUUUCGGCUACUCUCCACGAGGAAAACCGCGAGACCAUCAAGCAUUUGAUUGAGACUUACGCCCGCAACUCGCUCCGUACCAUCGGCCUGAUCUACCGUGACUUUGACAAGUGGCCCCCCAAGCCAGCCCGCCGCGUCGAUGCCGAGAAGGAUGAGAUUGUCUUUGAGGAUAUCUGCCGCAACAUGGUCUUUGUCGGUAUGGUUGGCAUCAAGGAUCCUCUUCGCCCUGGUGUGCCCGAGGCUGUGAGAGACUGCCAGCGGGCCGGUGUCGUUGUCCGCAUGGUUACUGGUGAUAACAGGUUGACUGCCGAGGCUAUUGCCCGCGAUUGCGGCAUUCUCCAGCCCAACAGCGUGGUUCUCGAAGGCCCCGAGUUCCGCAACAUGACCAAGGCUCAGCAAGAUGAGAUCAUUCCCCGCCUCCACGUUCUCGCACGGUCCAGCCCCGAAGACAAGCGCAUCUUGGUUAAGCGGUUGAAGGACAAGGGCGAAACCGUUGCCGUGACCGGUGACGGCACCAACGACGCCCCGGCGCUCAAGACGGCUGAUAUUGGCUUUUCGAUGGGCAUCGCCGGCACCGAGGUGGCCAAGGAGGCUUCCGCCAUUAUCCUCAUGGACGACAACUUCAACUCGAUCGUCAAGGCUUUGAAAUGGGGUCGUGCCGUCAACGAUGCGGUCAAGCGUUUCCUCCAGUUCCAGCUCACCGUCAACGUCACGGCUGUCGUUUUGACCUUUGUCUCCGCCAUCUACUCUGCCGUUACCCAGUCGCAUCCCGAGGAAAAGGCUACCGCUGUGCUCACCGCCGUCCAGCUUCUCUGGGUCAACCUCAUCAUGGACACUCUUGCUGCCUUGGCUCUGGCUACCGACCCCCCUCAGGACAGUGUGCUGAACCGCAAGCCCGAGCGCAAGGGUUCCUCGAUCAUCUCACCUACUAUGUGGAAGAUGAUCCUCGGACAGGCCGUGUUCCAGCUUCUCAUCUGCUUCCUGCUCUAUUUCGGAAAGUCUUCCGUGUACCCUGGACCCGAGAUCAUUCCCGACAGCCAGAUCAACACCUUGGUCUUCAACACUUUUGUGUGGAUGCAGAUCUUCAACCAGUGGAACAACCGGCGUCUUGACAACCAGUUCAACAUCUUCGAGGGUCUCACCAAGAACUGGCUGUUCAUUGGCAUCAGCGCCGUCAUGUGCGGCGGUCAAGUCCUCAUUAUCAUGGUUGGCGGUAAAGCUUUCCGCAUUGCCGAUGAGGGCCAGUCACCGACCAUGUGGGCGACUGCCAUCGUUCUUGGUCUCCUUUCCAUCCCCGUUGGCGUCAUCAUCCGCCUCAUCCCCGACGAGAUCAUCGUCGCCUUGGUCCCCGGCGUUCUCAAGCGCAAGCACACCUCCAAGGUUCCCGGCAUCAACGUCUCCGACGACGAAGAGCGCUUCACCGCCUACCCCGCGCCCCUCGCCGACAUUCACGAGGAGCUCGCCUGGCUCAAGCGCGUCAAGGGCGGCCGUCUCAACAACCUCAAAUUCGCCAUGAAGCACCCCCGCGAAACCUUCCUCAACCGCAGCCCCGUCCCGAGCAGGGAGCACUCCCGAUCCAACUCGAUCCACCGCCUCCCCCAGACCCCUGUCCGCGAGGACAGCUAUGGGUCUACCGCUCCUACUCCUGAGUCCCGCCGCCGCAGCAGAAGCAACCGCUCCCGCUCCAACAGCGUGUUGGGCGCGGCGACGGUCAUGACUGGUAUUGUUGCUGGUUCUAUUGCGGCGGGGUGGUCACCGAUUGAGAAGAGGGGCGAGCCGGAUUUUGGCCAGUUCCCGCCCAAGCCGUCGCCUCUUGGUCAGGAGAUUGGCGAGGAUGACCAGGCGGGGAGGGUGUCGACGGAUGAGAGGAGGGAGGUUGAGGGGUCGUCUUCAUCCAGUGCCCAGGAUGUUCCGAUCAUUAAUGUGCCCAAGCCGAAGUCGCCUUCUACCCCUACUCCUUGAGUAGGUGGAGAGGAAAACAGAUAAAAUGUAUUAUUAAUGCCUGUGGAAGUGUGUAUAACAAUAUCACAGUGUCAGCCCUGCUGCUGUAGGGCGUUUUCAUUUCUAUUUUCUAUCGUUAAUAUUUCCUCUUUUGAGUCAACAUGUCUGUUUUUCUUUUUAAGGCGUUUUUGGUUUGGUGGUGGUGGUGGUAUUGCUGUCAUGUAUCUCUCUUUUUUCUUAAUCAUGGGGGCGUUUGAGCGAAGAAAGUGAUAGAUGAAAUUUGGGCGUUUUUUUUAUCUUUUCCGCUGUCGUUCGUUACAAAUCUUAGAUUACAGUAUCAUCAUCAUAGCGCGCGCGUACGAGUGUUAUAUAUAUAUAUAUAUAUAUGUAUAUCUGCGCCAAAAAAGUUGGGAGUGUGGUUGAUGGAUGGGGGGAUAAGAAGAAUACAAAAGAUGUUAUGUGUGUGGACUUGUGCUAUUUACUGUGCGCCUUAGUGUUUGAGUAUUUUGACUGAAAUCGGUCGCUAUGUUCCCGC